AUGGCAACCAACGGGGAUAGUAAUGGCCAUACUACUGGCACCGGCACCGAGAAGAUCAACACAGACAUCAUCACCCUUACCAGACACUUGACGGAAGAGCAAAACAAACACAAGGAAGCAACAGGUGACUUCACAUUACUAUGUCACGCUCUCCAGUUUUCCUUUAAAUCCAUCGCCUACUACAUUCGACGAGCCACGUUGAUCAACCUCACUGGACUGGCCGGCUCGUCAAAUACAACCGGCGAUGACCAGAAGAAACUUGACGUGAUUGGCAAUGACCUCUUCGUGGCAGCCAUGCGGGGCUCAGGAAAGUGCAGAGCACUUGUGUCAGAGGAAGAGGAGGAGGUCAUAUACUUUGACGACAGUCCUAAUGCGCGAUAUGUUGUUGCCUGUGAUCCAAUCGACGGGUCAAGCAAUUUGGACGCCGGUGUCAGUGUGGGCACCAUUUUCGGCAUCAUGAAGUUGCCAGACAGCGUUGUUGGGAAGAAGCCCAGCCCCGACGACCUGCUGAUGCCGGGCACGGAGCUGCUCGCUGCUGGAUUUACCAUGUACGGUGCCUCGGCUCAACUGGUCAUCACCAUGAAAGGUGGCACAGUCAAUGGCUUCACACUGGAUAAUGCUCUCGGCGAGUUCAUCCUCACCCAUCCGAACAUGCGCAUCCCCAAGAAACGCGCCAUCUACUCGGUUAACGAGGGCAACUCGCUCUACUGGACCGACAAGACGAAAGCCUACUUCGAAUCGCUGAAAUACCCGGCCAAGGAAGGCGGCAAGCCCUACUCGGCUCGAUACAUCGGGUCCAUGGUUGCCGACGCCUACCGCACGCUCCUGUAUGGCGGUAUCUUCGCGUACCCGGCCGACAAGAAAUCCCCCAAGGGCAAGCUGAGGAUCCUGUACGAGUGUGCUCCCAUGGCCAUGGUCAUGGAGAAUGCAGGUGGUAUGGCGGUGGACAGCAACAUGACGCGGAUGAUGGAGGUCAAGCCGGAGCAUAUCCACGAUCGGAGUGGCAUAUUCAUGGGGAGCAAAGAGGAGAUGGAAAAGGUUGUUGAUGCGCACAAGUAA